GCCCAACACACCCUUUUUUUUCCCGCCCAGUCGACCCGCGUUGCUGACUUUGGCCAGUCAUGAGAAUCUCAACCGCGGCCCUUCUGGCCGUCUUUCCGCAGUGGCUGACUGGAGCACAUGCGGGCUGCUCCCAAGCGGGGUCGGUGCUAGACACCAUCCUCGCCCGCGGCCGCCUCCGCGUCGGCACCACGGGCAGUUAUAAGCCCUUUUCGUACAAGGUCGCAACUGGCGGCGGGGGUAACAGCUCGUCGGCCGGGUACAUCGGCGCCGACAUUGAUAUGGCGCGCGCGCUCUCGUCGGCGAUGGGUCUGGCCGGCGAGCCCGAGUUCGUCCCGGCCUCGUUCGCGAACCUGACGGCCGACGUGCGCGCGGGCCUGUACGACAUCGGCAUGACGGGGGUGUCCAUCACGAUGGGCCGCGCGCUGUCGGCCUUCUUCACGACGCCCGUGCUCCGCGUCGGCAAGGCGGCGGCGGUGCGGUGCGGCGAGGCGGACAGGUACCAGACGCUGGCGGACAUCGACCGGGCGGGCGUGCGGGUGGCGACGCCGUCGGGCGGCAGCAACGAGGCCUUUGACCGGGCAAACCUGCACGCGGCGACCAUCGUGGUGUACAGCGAGGCGGGCAACAACAUCAUCUUCCAGGCGGUGGCGGACGGCAAAGCCGACGUCAUGAUCACCGACGUGGUGGAGGCGGAGCUGCAGGCGCGGCUGCACCCGGGCGUCCUGUGCGCCGUCAACCCGGACCGGCCCUUUAGCUUCGAGGAGCUAGGGUACAUCCUGCCAAGGGACGUGGUCUGGCUGCAAUUUGUGAAUCAGUGGCUGCACAUCCAGCAGGGGAGCGGUGCUUGGAACAAGACGUUGGAUGGUUGGAUGAGCUACCCCUGGCCGACCACAUAGCCUUUUCGCCAGCUCCGACGGCAUUUAUAUCGGCACUUACCCGAAUCAGAGGAGAGGUGAAUCGAUCGCUGCUAGGGGAGAAGGCACAGGGCUCUCCAAACUCUAUCUCCGCCACCAUCUCAAGUACCUACAUUUACCCCUUGCCAACCGCGCACUCGGACACACCAUCUCACCAUCCGUCGGCUCACCAACUUUCCAUCUUCCAAUAUCCGAACGGCAUCAUGUCAGGUCGAUCAAACAGCGCCAGCGCGGGAGACAUCGCGACAGCCCCCCAUGCCUUAGGUUCCUCGUAUAAAGUUCAACGUCAUCGAGAAUAACGCCAAUCUUUGUCUCUACCGUUAUGAGGACCACCAGAGGGUGCUAGACUUUUGCAUUUUUUUUUCCGGGGUUGUAAAGUAUGUGUACUUCCCGCAAAUUCACUUUUAUAUUUCGAAAUAUCAGAUGCUUUUAUUGGAUCC